ACACAUUGUCAAAAAACCGGAAACAAGUUAGUCAAGCAAAUUUUACUUAUACUUCUUCGAAAAGUUAAAAUGUAAUUGUUAACUUUCACAUAAAAACUUUAUUCAUUGUUAAGUGUAAGUUAUAGAAAUGACACGAGAAAUGUUAAAAUUAUGUUUAGUUUUAGUUAUAAUCAUCGCACAAAGUCAGUCACAGGAAGACGAGGAUGGCCCAUACCUAGGCAAAUACAUUGGUAAACUAAACACGUAUCACCAUCAGGUUUCAGGUGAUGUAUAUGCAGUGGAUGAUUGGACAAUUCUAUUAGUAAAAUUCAAUUAUGAUGGUACUGGAGAAGACACAUUUUUCCGAGCUGGUGACUCGGGCCGACCUGGCCCACAAGGUUUUAUUAUCCCGGACGAACAUGGCAAAACAAACAUUCUGGAGCGCUACCAUGAUGCAGAGCUUCGGCUGUCCUUGCCGGAGGGCAAGCGACUAUCGCGCAUUAAGUGGUUCGCAGUAUACGACAUCGCCAGUCAAAAUGCGUUUGGGGAUGUCUACGUGCCUGAUGACUUCGAACCACCAGCGCCGCGCUCGCUAGGUGCGCUAGCCGCUUCUGGCUCGCCUGCCGUCUCUAGCCAACCGGUGCAGGUGCUCGAUUCCGUCACUAUCCUUAUCCCUGAACUUCGGUACGACGGGAGCGGUGAAGAGGUUUACUUCUGGACGGGCAACGGAGCACAACCAUCCGCCCACGGACAGAUAAUACCUGAUGAGUAUGGAUACUUGGAGCCGCUGCGAGUAUACCGCGGUGAGGACGUGCGUUUACGGUUGCCUGGUGAUCUAACGGUAUCGCGUAUCGACUGGCUCGCACUGUGGGACAAACCAAAUCGCCGCGCGCUUGCUUCUGUGCUUAUACCGCGAGCGCUCAACGUACCGCCAGCACCUGUGCGGCUACUGGAGUACAAAUCGACACUGCCUAAUUGCAAACAACUGCACCGAGAUUACCAGGUAUCCUGGGAAGUGUUCGGCAACCAGAUUACGAUAGAGCUCGCUGCUCAGAUAGAGGACGACGAUUACAUGGCGUUCGGGAUCUCAGGCAACGCGACGCGGUCAGCGAUGCUGGGCGCGGAUGUGGCGGUCGCGCAGUAUUCACGCACGUUACAGUCCGGGGUCGUAGUCGACUAUAACAUCACCGCCGUCGCGCCCUGCGUACAGGUGCUGGGUGCUUGGCGCGGCGUAUGCCGGGACACGCUGCUGGCGGCGCUCGACUCCAACCAGGUGUUCAGCGCCGUCCGCGCCGACUCGCUUACUCGCGUCACCUACCGCCGCACGCUCAAACCCGAGGACAGCACUGACCUAGAAUGGGUGACGAGUGGGCCCGCGUACGUAGUAUGGGCUGUGGGCGCACUAGACGAGGCCCGUGAGCCUUCCUUCCAUCGUCUGUACCCGCGCGGAGAUGUCGUCCUGCGACUAAUACCGGCCCCCGCUCCCGCCUAUGACUGCGUGCCCUUCACUGUUGGAACGACGGAAGGCGCGGCAGCGUGGGAAGUGGCGGAACUGUUCGAUCCUGCGCUACGCGUAUUCCACUUCCGCCUCGGUCCUAGCGGCGGCCGACGAGGUGUAUCAGGGAGGCCGGGCAGACGUGCCGCGCCGCCGCUCGCCUGGUACGUCAACGGACAGCUCGCGCCUGAUUUGCAGUUGCGUCGUGGCCUUCAAUACACUUUCAAGGUGUACGGCGGCAAUGACCCGCACUCUGCCGAUGAGUACCACCCGCUGAUAGUGACAGCGGAAGCCACGGGCGGACUUGAGCGAUUAUCAGCAGCGGCUCAACGGGCUACGCGAGUGUUAGCCGGCGUGCAUUACCCUCGCCGCGGUAGAUUAGCGCCCGCGGCUGCCGGCGGAUUAUGUAUUGGCCGUCGCCCAGUCACCGCGGACGCGAGACGCGACGACGACUACGCGACUUUCCGCUCAUUCAAUCGCUCCCUACUCUGGGAGUGCGCAGGCACACCUGCCGACCUGUCAAUCACACCCAAUUCGUCGUGGCCGGACCUCGUCUACUACAACUCUUUCACGCACGCAGGUAUGGGUGGGCGGAUCUUCAUAGUGGACCGUCAUCGCCGCAACAUCGGUCGACGCAACAACGCCCCCCUCCCGACAACCGUCUCGCCCGCCGUUUUUAUCACCCUGCUAACAACACUCACGCUUCUGCUGUGGCGACCAUAGUCAAAAGCUAAUGCUCAUAAUAAUGCUCAAUUCAAAGGAAAGCAUGAAUCUCAUUGCAGAUACCUAUCCGGGGUGAAAUCUAUAAAAUUUAUUUAAAAAUAUAUCUGUAUAUCAAGACAGAAACUAAGUAUUGUGACUGAAAGAUAAAUCCAUAUCACAAAAUAAAGUGAUAUAAAAUGUGUUAAAAGAGCAAUAUUAUAUUCUGACUCAAAUAUUAAUAAUUUUUCCCUUAGCGAUAAAAACUGUAUGCGAUAUUUGCUUAAUAAUUAGUCACGCUGCUUCAUUGUACAUAAUACAUUGUAUACAUAUACUUCACAGGUACAAAUACCUAAUAGACAAUGAGAACAGUAUCAACAGAUGAACGAAUUUAUUUUUAUAAACUUGGAUACUUAGGUUUAAUUAAAAUGUACAUACUAUAGGAAUAUAUUUUUUAUAAUGUAUAAAAGUGGAUUUGGACUAAGUCAAAUAAUUUAUUAGUCUCUACUUUUCCUACUUCUGACUUGCACUAUUCCAUUUAUUUGCGUUUUUAAUUGAAACUUCCAAAAAUUGUCUCUGCGCAGUUUGGAAACCAAAUACUAAUAAAUUACAUACACGCAACUAUAGCCUACUUUAAGAAAUGACCUUUUAAAUAAUAAAAGAAUAUUUUUAAUCUGACUAAUGGUUCCAGAGAUCAGCGCGUCCAAAAUAUAAAUAUGGUUUGCCUUACUAUGGCGCUCACUAUUUUAAUAACCCCGUGAUGGAUUUAAUACAAACUUUUUAAAAAUCGAAACUAAUUCCGGUCAUGUGACUAUAAACUUGUCUAUGUUUGUAGUAAUGCUUUAAUUUGGGGGUAGCUCAAAUUAAUCAAUAAAAUUAUUCUUAAUAAACCUUACCCGUGAUCUAAAUAAAUAAGACUAAAUCCACUUUAAAACUCGUACUCAAAAAAUGAUGUUUCUUUUAAAAAAUAAGUAUUCUUGUAAAUAUUCUUUUAAACUAAGCACUAAUAUUAAACUCGUAGAUAAUAUACUCUUAUUUGGAGUUCAAACAAUUAUAGAAAAGGCUAGUGUGUAUGAUAUUGGUGCUAAUUUAUAUUAAAAACAUACUAUAAUUAUAUAAAUUUUAGUAUAAUAAAAUAUAUAUUACUUGUAAUAAAUUAUUUUUUAUUUUCUCUGCUAACUUUCCUGGAAAAAUAGUAACUAAUACCCAGUCAAGUGUGAGUUUAUUCACAAACGGAGAUAAGGUUUCCAUAUUUAAAAUAAUCUAUGAGAACGCUAAUAAAGUCAGGUCUAUUAGCCUGUCGUGACGAAUAUCAGAGGGAGACUUUGUACAAAAGUCAAUUGCUUGGGUACCUCUGUCCCAUUCG